AUGGCCUGGGGCCGCCGAGAGCCCUCGACCGAGGGCCCGCCGCCGAAGCUCGCCGAGAGCCCGGGGCAAGCCCUUCCGCUGCGGGGCCUGGUGGCGCAGUGGCGCGAGGCGGGCGCGCCCGGGGGCGAGGAGGAGCCCGCGCUCGCGGCCGCCGGCCCGGAGCCCACGGCCGAGGGCGGUGCGGGCCCCGCGCCCGCGGCCGCCGCCGGGCGAGGCCCCGUGCCCCGCAUUGGCUCGACGUCCUCCGCGGGCUCGCCUCCCGGCCGCUCGCUCAAGGCAGCAGGCCCGCCCUCCCAGGAGAGCCCGGACGACGCGGAGCGCAACGAGCAGCUGGUGCAGGCCUUCGCCAGGUCCGAGGCGGAGGACGGACGACGCGCUGAACCUGGAGCUCCGCGCGACGCGCGGCGGCCUGCAGACCUGCAAGGAAGGAGGGCCAUCCAGCAGGCCGAGGCAAGGGCCGUGGCCGACGACGAGGCGAAAGCCGAGGCAAAGAGGGUGCAUGAGGCGCGCCGCGCCAAGGCCGAGGAGGAGCUGCGGAGGCAGGAGGCCCUGCUCCGCGGGGAGGACCCCGACCCGGACGCCGUGUCCGUGCCGACCGCCCGGCCUGACGGAUCGCCGUUGCCCCCGCUGCCGCCCGCUGCCGCAGGCCGGGUGGCCUCCGCCGAGGGCGCGGGCAGGCGGCUGGCGCGCAGCGGGCCAGCGACGGAGGGCUGCCGCCGCUGCAGGACCCCCCGCGCCCUGGGUCCAACGGCCCCGCGCGCGGCUACCCGCCUUAGGCGCCCGCCGCCGCGGCCUCAGCCCGCGCGGCGGGCCUCGUCGGGCGCGGCGCGCCGCCGCGGCCGCUGUGCGGCCGCUGCCGACCGCCUGGCGCCGCGGCUCCCAGGGCUGUGCUCCGUCUCUGCCUGUCUUUGUGUCUCUCCCAGUUGUGUCACGCUCUGGGGCCUGUCGUUCCCCUUGGCCUCCGCGUGGGCCUCGCUCUGGAGCCCUUCCCUCUGGAGCAUGGGUCCUCUCUCUCCCCCUCUCUCGCUCUUCGUCUCUCUCUCUCUCUCGCCCUCUCGCUCUCUCAGUCUCGACCCCCGCUCGCGCUCCCACCUUGACUUGCGUAUUGCCCUGCUGUAGGCAGGACCGUGCGGAGAAAGGGUUUCCUGCAGCGCGUUCUCGCGCUCCUUCCCGCUCUUGCUGAGCUCGCCUCCUGCUUGUUCCUCCCUCCGCUCUCCUCUCGGUGCCUCCCUCCCCCCUCCUGUUGCGCAAGUCGUGCGCAGCCCGCUCGCUGCGACUCUUGGACGGCGUCCCGCGUCUCCCGGUGCGCUUGCGAUCCAAAAAGGCAUCCGCGGGCUCGCGCCCCGGCAUCCGGACCGCGAGGGCGCGGACGUGAAUGUGCUCGCCGCCGUUCGUGUGAGUUAUACCGCAGGCUCGGCCCCGGCAGCCGGUCGGGGGAGCUGUGCACCAAGGUCGGCACCUGGUAGGGGCCUCCGAGCUUCACCGAGCGCGUUCCAC